AUGGGAGGAAUGGGUGGAGGUAUGGGAGGAAUGGGUGGAGGAAUGGGUGGAGGUAUGGGAGGAAUGGGAGCAGGUAUGGGCACUGCUGGAGGAAUUGGGUCUAGAGCUGGCGAGCCUUACCGCCUGGCCACUCACGAUACUCCAACCUCCCCUCGGCAUAUGCAGUCCAGCCAGGGCUCCGGCAUGGGGCACGGCCCGGGGUCUGGCCACGGGAUGGGUCACACCGCAGCCGGGCAGGGCAUGGGAGGCCACGGUGGUCAAACCCAAGGUCAGCACGCCUCUCGUCGCAACCUUCAAGUCGACUUCAGCGGCUCGGGCGGAUCCAGGACGGGUCGAUCUCCCUCCGUGUCUCCUGACCGCGGUGUGACGCCCACCUCACCCUACUCGGUGCCGCAGAUCGCGCCCAUGCCGAGCAGCAAGCUGUGCCCAGUGUGCACCACCACAGAGCUGUCCAACCCACCGGCUGUACCCAACUACAACACCUGCACCCAGUGCAAGGCCACUGUCUGCAACCAGUGUGGAUUCAACCCCAACCCUCACCUCACUGAGGUCCAGGAAUGGCUGUGUCUGAAUUGUCAGAUGCAGAGGGCUCUUGGCAUUGAUAUGACCACGCCUCGCUCAAAGAGCCAGCAGCAGAUUCACUCUCCUUCCCAUCAGGCCAAACCUAUUGUCCAGCCUCAGCAGCCCGCACCUCAGCCAACACAGCCGACGGCAGCAGCACAGUCCAAACCUUUGGCACAGAGUCAGCCCACCCAGCAGCAGCAGCAGCAGCAGCAUCACCAACAGCAGCAGCAGCAUCAUCAACAGCAGCAGCAGCAGCAGCAGCAGCAGCAGCAUCCCUACGGCCAGACUCAACCUUACUCCCAGGCCCAGCCAUACUCCCAGGCCCAGCAGUAUCCCCCGCCUCAGACCCAGUCAUACCAUCCAACGCAGCCAGUUUCCCAGGCCCAGCCUCAAGCCUCUCCAGGCUUACAGAGACAUCAGGGCCCUGGCGGCCUGCAGAGUCAGACUGGCCCCUCUCAGCAGGGCAUGAGGUCUGAUCCAUACUCCCAGAGAGGUCCUGGAGCUACAGGAACUGCUGGAGGUCCCGUAGGAGGCCCAACCCAGGCAGGCGGUCCACGUAUUCCUCACCCAGGAGCUGUUCCCCUCCCUGGUUUGACCAAGGCACCCUCUCAGCCAGAUUUGGGCCGUGGUUCUCCAAUGCAUCAGCCUAUGGCCCGGCACCAUGACCAGACGAGAAGUGCUGGAUCCUCCCCAGCCCACAGACCUCAAAGUCAGCCUGCUCCUUCUGCCCAGGACGGUUUGACCAAGCUGUUUGGCUUCGGGGCAUCGCUGCUCAAUCAGGCUAGUACCCUGAUCAAUGUUGACCCCCUACCAACGGCCUCCACCCAGCCAAGUCCAGCAAAAGGGAAGGUGGUGUUCAGCAAUGCAACUCCAGACAAUAAGCAGCAACAACCAGGAGCAGCCAGCGCCAAACCUUUUGGAAUGGGUGGUCUUCAUGCUCCCGGCCAGAUGGGUGGUCCUCAUGCUCCCGGCCAAAUGGGAGGUCCUCAUGCGCCGGGGAAAAUGGGUCCUUAUCCACCAAGUCAAAUGGGAGGUCCUCAUGGUCCAGCUCAAAUGGGAGGUCCCAUUGGUGGACCACAUGGGCCAGGCCAGAAGCAACAGCAGCAACAGAUGUCACAGCAGCAGUCGCCUGCUCAACAUCAAAAAGGACAGCAAGGGCAACAACAUCAGCAAACCCCGACUCAUUUGCAGAAAGGGCCGCAGAAACAAGAACCCGUGCCAGCGCCUGUGGUCGCGCCAGAGCCCGUGAAGCCCAAAGUGAACUGUCCUCUUUGUAAAACAGAGCUGAACAUCGGCAGCUCCGACCCUCCCAACUACAACUCCUGUACGCAGUGUCACAGCCAAGUGUGUAACCUGUGUGGCUUCAACCCCACGCCGCAUCUGGUGGAGAAAAAGGAAUGGCUCUGUCUCAACUGCCAGACCCAGCGGCUGAUGUCCGGAGGCGGCCUGGACGAGCCCCCGCUUCCCGUCCCUCACCCGUCUCCCAAACACCAGCCGAUGGGCUCACCCCGUCACCAGACGCCACCCGGUCAGCAGAGCCCCCUCCAUAAACCCGGCACCCAGACCCAGCCGGGGGGGAAGCCGGCGCAGCCACAGGCGCAGAAACCGCAGACGGGAACGGGCGCACCAUUCGCACCCACAGCUGCCAAGCCAACCGAUACCAAGACCACGACGCCAGCCACGGCACCGGCGCCGACGACUGAGUCCCAGAAACAGACGAAACCCACAGAAGAGAAGCCCAAGACCGAGCCCGACUACCAAACCACCAAAGAGACCAGACCCUCCCAGAGGAAAGGAGAGCAGAUCACACCGAUCAAGGAAAUUAAGAAGUCCAGGCACUAUGAUGAUACAAAAAACAACAGCACCCACGACUUGUCGCGCAGUCCUCAGAGCCUCAGCGACACUGGCUACUCCUCUGACGGCAUCUCCAGCUCACACAGUGAAAUUACAGGUCUAAUCCAGGAGGAGGAAAUGAAGCUGAGUGAACGGGGGAUCAGUGGUCGGGGUUCCCCACCAAGUCCCUCUGAAAUCACCAAGUUGGAAAGCUCCAUGAGGCCACUGCUGGAAAAGAGUCUAUCUGAGGAGAAGCCCGAUAGAAGGGCUAGAAAGCAUCGAGACAGGGACCUGGAUGAUCGAGGCAAGCAGCGACCACGGUCCCUGUCAAUCCCACCCGAUGCAUACGACUCUGACGAGGAAUUAGAGGACAUUGUUGAAGAGGAGGAAGAUGGUGGAGAGUGGGAGGGUAAACGGAAGGAAAGCAAGGAAGAGAAAAAGGAAAAGAAAAAGAAGGAGAAGGAAACGGAGCCCACUGAGAUGACUGAUGAGGAGUUCAUGCGGAGACAGAUCAUGGAGAUGAGUGCUGAUGAAGACAACGAGGAGGAAGAGGAGGAAGAGAUGGAGGAAGAUGAAGACGAGGAAGAUGAAGGAUAUGGCUACCAGAAACCUAAGAAAAGCCACCAUAAGCACAUCAUCUCUGACUCAGGGAAGGAGAAAAGACGCCUUCAGCACCACUCCAGCAGUUUUGAGGAGGAAACCAAGAGCUCCACUGAUGUUUACAAAGGCUCAGUGGAAGAAGGUGAGGAAGAUCUAAUGGCCUCCCAAGGAGGCCUGAGGCGCUUCAAAACCAUUGAACUCAAUAAUACCAACAGCUAUAGUCGAGACAUGGAGCUUAGCAAUGAAAAUGAUUUGAGCCUUGACCGAGAACCGGAGCUGGAGAUGGAGAGCCUGACAGGAUCUCCCGAGGAGCGUUCUCGAGGGGACUACUCCUCAACUCUGCCACCUACUUCAUCUUCAUAUGGCUCAGGACAGUCUCCCACAUCUAUCUCCUCAAUGGAAGAGGACAGCGACAGUAGCCCCAGUAGGAGGCAAAGACUGGAAGAGGCCAAGCAACAAAGGAAAGCACGCCACCGCUCUCAUGGCCCUCUUCUUCCCACCAUUGAAGACUCCUCUGAAGAAGAUGAACUGAGAGAAGAAGAAGAACUUUUGAGAGAACAGGAGAAGAUGAGAGAGGUGGAACAACAGAGAAUAAGAAGUACCGCACGAAAGACCAAAAGGGACAAGGAAGAACUUAGAGCUCAACGACGCAGGGAACGAUCCAAGACACCACCCAGCAAUCUCUCACCAAUUGAAGAUGCUUCCCCAACAGAAGAACUGAGACAAGCAGCAGAAAUGGAAGAACUCCAUCGCUCUUCAGCUUCAGAAUAUUCCCCUCAAAGUCUGGAUUCGGAGGCUGAAGGAUAUGAGUCUAAAAUCUACAAAUCAGGUAGUGAGUACAACCUUCCUACCUUUAUGUCUCUCUACUCACCAAUAGAGAAAGCAUCGACAACAACCACCACUACAGCGCCAUCUUCAACUUCCAAACCACUGAAGAGUGCUGAGGAAGUUUAUGAGGAAAUGAUGAGGAAAGCUGAAAUGCUUCAAAAACAACAGAAAUUGCAGCAGCAACAGCAGCAUGGAAGGCAUGGCCAAUACUAUGAUGAGGACAUUAAUGGACAAAACUAUGAUGAUGAGUAUGAAUAUGAACAAGAUCAAACAGGAUAUGACAACGAAGCAGUAGAGACAGAGACAGAUAUUUACGAGGAGAUUCGUCAAACAUCUCAGAACAUCACAAAGAUGCAACAGGCCACAGAUGAGCAAGUAGAAAUUGAAAUCGAGAGCUCAUAUCAGGACAAACAGCUUUUAGAUACAGGCUCUGCCUUUGCUAAACUCCUGGAGCAAAGCAACGCUCUCUUGACUCCUGGGACCAGUCCCACACAGAUCUCAGCUCCAGUCUCCUUUGCUGAGACUGGUGGACGAAUCCCUGAUGUGAGAGUAACUCAACAUUUCUCUGCAAAAGAUGGACACAAAGACAGGAUCAAAAGUCAAGCAGGAAAAAAUGGAAUAACUCCAACAGUUGCUGCAACCACUAUUGCUGCUUAUGGUGUUUAUGCCAGAGAUGCAGUCACUAUUUCUCAAACUGGCUCUAGUCACACCAUGACUUCCAGUCAGUCUGAUUUAGGUCGUCGCCAUGCUGGAAGUACCGCCACAUCGUCAGCAACCGUCUCAAGUGUUUGCAGCAAGAUUGCAGAGAUUACCCAGGCCUAUAGUCAAAGAGAAGUCAUCACCAGAAGGGUUGGUGAAACCAGGGGUGUUCAGGUGCGAGACAGCUCCACUUCCUCUACUGAAAGAAUUAUUGAGCCACGCUCUCCCAAGUAUACCACUUAUUACAGGAGCACUAGCCCUCCCCUAUCUCCAUCACCACCACCACAGAGUCCAACUCGUUCUCCAUCAAGGAGGGCAACAGCCGAAUUCUCUACACAGACUUUCAAUUCAGCAUUGCGAAUGGAAUCUGGUUCUGGUCCAACAUCUCCUGUUAUGGCUCAGUCAACUCAAACGUCACAUCGAUCAGUGUCCCCACGGCUCUAUCGGCAGCAGUCUUCCCAGGAUGCCCCAUACUCCCCACCAGCAAGCCCAGCCAGGCCAAUGACAGUCAACACUGCUACUUCCCCCCUGUCUUCACCUACCCGAUUUAGUCGCCAGUCAACAUUUGACAAUUACUCCCCCUGUGAGAGCCCUCCAGAUACACCGCCUUACCAACAGUCUCCUACACGCAGCUUUUACAGGACACAAAGAGUAGAAAAGGUGAAUGUGGGAACGAGUAUGGUCACCACAGCCAGCACGUACACAAGAGGAUCCAUAUCAAUGGAUAAUAUCUCCCUGUGUAGAAUAUCCACAGUCCCGGGAACUUCCAGGGUAGAGCAGGGACACAUGAUCCAAGGUGGAAGUGUUGUGGAUCUCAGAACAAUUGCCAAAUCAGCUCCUAUCAUUAUGACUGACCAGGGAAUGGAUCUAACCUCCUUAGCUACCGAAAGCAGGAAAUACCAUGGUGGCUCAGAGGGUAGCAGACAUUCAACAAUUGUACAACCACUUAUUAUGAACCUGAACACCCAAGAGACAACCACACCAACUACCGUUAGUGUCACUGUGGCUGCAUCUAUGUUCAUGUCCCAACCUAAACAACCGACGGUGUAUGGUGAUCCCCAUCAAAACCGUGUUGAUCUGGGGCAGGGUAUGGGUUCUGCAGUAUGUCUGUCCCAAAACAAGCCACCAGUUUCACCUCCAACUGACCCAUCAAUACCAAAAAUUGAUGCAAAACUGGAAGAUCUCAGUAUCCAACAAAGAGAGUUACAGAAACAGCAAGAGAAGCUGCAGAAACAGCAAGAAAUACUUGAACAGCAGUUACAGCAGCACCAUCGGCUGCAGCAUCAGCAACAGGCAUCUGCUUUGGCCAGGUACAACCUGUCAGGCCAAGUCCAACCCUUACUUAAAAAAGACUUACUUGUCAGCCAAACCACCACUGCUUCAGCUGUGGUCAGUGCUGUGUCACCAGUCGUCAAUCCUGAGUUAUAUGGCACUGGUCCAGUUGAGCUGAAAGGGAAGUCCAGUCCCCCUGGCAUAAUGUCAGGUGUGAAAUCACCACAUAGUGUGAUAGUACAGAUGGAUGGAGGACCAGAGCCAUCCAGGGCAGUGACUCAGCUUGUGAAGGUAGAAGAAGGACAGGAUGCAGUUGAUUUAACAGGGGGUCAAAUUAAAUCUGAUAAUCAACCUGCUUGUUGUGACGUUGUUUACCGACUUCCAUUUGGUGGAAGCUGUGUUGGUGGUUCUGAGAAAGAGGGCAUCCGUCCACCAUCUGCCCCCCCUCUAACCUAUGAAUCUGACCAUGAAAGACAACCUGUAAGAUACCAUGAGUAUCCAAUGGAUGGACGUAAGGCCUACACAUUACCAUUUCCAGGAAGGCUGCAACCUUCAAUGUCAGAUACAAACCUUGCUGAUGCUGGGCUCCAGUCCUACCAUUCAAAACUGGAACCACAUCUUCAGGCAUCAGAAGAACUUGCGAUGGAUCUGACUGCUAUGAAACAGGGCUAUGGAGGAUUCAUGGGUAUGCAGUAUGGUUCGUAUACAGACUUGCGACAUGGAGGAGACAUUACAGCCCAAACUUUGCCCAUAAGAAGAUACAAUUCCCUGUCUAACAUUAGUUCGGAUUAUGGCUAUUCUGCUCGUGACAUUGCUAGUUUCCAAGAAGCUAAUCUGGCUCAGUACAGUGCUACCACUGCAAGAGAGAUAAGUCGCAUGUGUGCAGCACUAAAUUCCAUGGAUCGAUAUGGAAGCAACCCAGAUCUGAUGCAGUUUGGCAGCUUGGGAAGAGGAACUGGACUUGGUGCUUCCAGACUUGCAGCUGGUCUUGGCAUGAGACAAAAUCUCCUCUUUGGACUCGAUGGAAAGCCAAUUUCUCACAGUCAAGCAUUAACCAACCUUAUUAAUGCCAGACAAGCCAGUUUGAGAGCUAUGUACCCUGCAGCCAUUAGAUCCUCUGAUGGAAUGAUCUACUCUACUAUUCAGACCCCCAUAGCUUCCACACUUCCCAUCACUACCCAGCCUGCCUCUGUUCUUCGCCCAUUAUUAAGAGGAGUCUACAGACCAUACCCUUCUGCCAACAUGACGCCAGUACCCCUAUCUAGUCUUACCAGACUACCAACAAGUCCCCGAAUGCCCAUAUCUGGACAAACUCCAAUCCAGUACCCAGCACCAGGCCUUCUCCAAACAACAUCAGUUACUGUCACGACUGCUACUGCUCCUGCAACAACCUCAGCACCAGUCGGAGCCUUGGUGUCUGCGUCUCUGGCAACUUCAAGCACUACAGUUCAAGAUGAACCAGUCUACCUUGGGAAAGGUGCCACGCCAGAGGUCACUUCAGUUCAAGGAACAGUUGUCAUACCAACUGAACCACAGCAACAGCCAAUAAACCUGUCACAGGCACACCUCCACAGCCAGCAACAGCAGCAGCAGCAACCACCAACAACCGCUCAACAGUCACAACAACCUCCCCCUGCGGGGCAUGCAUACCCACCCACAGGUCCAUCUCACACACUUGGCUACACCCAACCUCAAGCAGGCCCAUCAGCCCCCGCUAGUGGCUUACCCAUUGCAGGAGGUCUUCCUCCAUUCCCUCCACCCGGCGCCAUACACAAGGAAGGCGAAACUGAAGCAGAGAGGCUGCAUCGACAGCAGGAGCAACUCCUGCAGAUGGAACGGGAACGUGUGGAGUUGGAGAAACUGCGGCAACUGCGCCUGCAGGAGGAGUUGGAGCGGGAAAGGAUAGAGCUGAAGCUGCACAGGGAGAAGGAGCAGAUACUGGUGCAGAGAGAGUUACAGGAGCUGCAGAACAUCAAGGAACAGGUGCUCCAGCAGCAGCAGCAUGAACGGGAGAAACAGCUGGUGCUCCAGCGGGAGCAGUUGGCCCAGCAGAAGUCCCAGCUCGACCAGAUCCAGUCUUUACAGCAGCAGCUCCAGCAGCAGCUCGAGGAGCAGAAGAGGCAGAAAACCGCUGCAGCUCAGGGCGUUCAGCUGGACAUGAGUGGACAGCCAGUACAUCCCUACACCGACACUCAGAUGGGCUCCCGCUCCCUCCCCAACUCCUCAUCUGAGAUCUGCCUGAGGACCCAGGAGGAGCACAUGGACACCAGGACAAACAUGAGGAAGCACAGCUCAAUGACCAGACUGACCAGAGACAGUCUGGACGGAGAUGGCUCGAUGUUCUACGGCUCCCCCCGCAGGAUUGUGGACAGCUGUGUGCAAACUGAUGAUGAAGACGGAGAAGAGAGAUACAUGAUGCGCCAUCGCACCAGGAGGCGCGGUCGCAGUGUCGACUGCUCCGUCCAGACGGACGACGAUGAGGACAAGGCUGAGACUGAGCAUCCGGUCCGACGACGGCGUUCCCGCUUCUCCCGGCACUCUGAGUCUAGCGCAGCUGCCGGUGGUUCUGCAGCUUUGGCCGCCACGUCUACUGACGCCAAAACUGACACACACAAGAUGGUCUCCUCCAGCAUCGCCAUCCAAACCAUCAGGGAAAUGUCAUGCCAGACAGAGGUGGAGCACCUGGGAAGAGUCUCCCCAGCAAUUCACGUGACAGUGCCAGAUCCAAAUAAAGUCGAGAUUGUGCAUUACAUCUCCGGACCCGAGCGAACCCAGAAAGGACAGUCUCUUGCAUGCCAGACAGACCCUGAAGCCCAGUCACAGGGUGUGGUUGCCCCUCAGCUUAGCGUCCCAACCACAGUCAGUCCAUAUUCUUCUUCGACGAGCACUGGAACGCAACAGUCGGGUUCUGUCGACCUUCUAACCCAGCAGCGCCAGCAGCAUAUUGCAGCGAAUGCAGCCAAGUUUGAGCGACGUCGCCCCGAUCCACUGGACAUUAACUAUCAGCCCCACAACCACCUUCACAACGAAUCUGUCUCCAGCAUCAUCCGCCAGCAGCAAACAGCCCCCAAGUCUCCACAAGUGCUCUACUCUCCAGUGUCACCGGUGUCCCCGCACCGCCUGCUGGAGACGUCUCUGUCCAGCGAGAGACUGAACAAGGCCCACGUCACACCUCAGCAGAAGUCCUACACCGCCGAGUCUCCCCAGCGACACCCGUCCGUGCCACGGCCCAUCAAGAGCACCCAAAGGUCCAUGUCGGACCCCAAGCCACUCAGCCCCACCACUGACGAGCACACCAAGGCCAGACUGACCCUUUACCAACAACAAGCUCUUCAGAACCAGCUGGCGGCCCUACAGCAGAGUUCACUGCUACGCAAGGUCAAGCGAACCCUGCCCAGCCCUCCUCCAGACGAGACCGUUACGUCAGCUCACCUGCCCAUGAUGACACCAGCCCUCCAACAGGUCUACCUGCCCUCCGUGCCCAGCCUCAAGCCCAGCUCCAGGUCUGGCCUGGCCGCUAAAGCCAGCCUCCUCAAAGACCUCACCCAUGAACUGAAGGCUGUGGAGCAAGAGUCAACCAAGCUGAGAAAGCAGCAAGCUGAACUUGAGGAGGAAGAGAAGGAGAUUGAUGCUAAGCUGAGAUACUUAGAGCUGGGGAUCCACCAAAGGAAAGAGACACUGGUCAAGGAGAGGGAGAGAAGGGAUAUUGCCUACCUGAGGUGUAUGGGGGACACUAGGGACUAUAUGUCUGAUAGUGAAUUGAAUAACUUACGUUUAGCAGCUGCAGCUGCCUCACAUGAAACUAAUGGGCUACUUACAACUAGACCAAGCACUGCCCCGCUCAGCCAGUUCACCAGUGAUCUCAACACAGCAGCCCAGUACCCCCCUACUUCAUCCUUCCUCUCCUGCCAAUACCCCCAGAGCCAAACGGCAGUGCCAUCUCAACCAUCCAGUGCGCCAUACCCGACUUCAACAUUCAACCAGCCUCCAUACCCAACGGUGUCACAGUCCCAGGCACUGCCACAACCUACACCUCUUCAAACCCACGGCCCCCCUCCAGGACCUUCCUACCAGCCUCAAACCUCCUAUUCAUCUCACACCUACCCCCAAGCCCAGCCCCCAUACCCCCAGACUGACUUGGGAAUACCAGCUGCACCUCAGCCACAGCCCCAGCCGGGGCAUACAGGUUUUGGCCCCGCACCUCCUGGGCAGCCGCCAUACCCCACCCACAGCUCACCCUAUCCAAGUGCUGUGUCCUCCUACCCCAGCCAGACAACUCCAUACCCAGGGCAACCUCAAGCUGACAUCCUGACAGUUCAUCCAGGACGACCCAGGCAGACUUCGUUGGCAGAUCUGGAGCACAAGAUGCCCACCAACUAUGAGACGAUUAGCAACCCUACAGUCGUGGUCACUACCACAGCCCAGGAUGCCUCCUAUUCCAGUGCAGCCCCAGCCUAUGGUCAGUACACUGGAACGACGACCAUGGCAAGUUCCUAUGGGCCAUAUGGCUCAGCACCAGUAUCGAGCAGCUACGGUGGGUACUCUACAAUGCCUCCCAACACUUAUGGCCAAUAUACUUCAACUGCAGUUAGUUCGUAUGGCCAGUACACUACAACCACUGCAAAUACGUACGGCUACACCACCACCACAGCCAGCUCUUAUGGACAGUACACUUCUACAGUUUCCAAUGCUUAUGGGCACGCUGUAGACAGUCCCUCCACCUACAGUACAGCUGAUGGGAUGUAUGGGGCUCCUGGCUUAGAGCAAAACAUUCCAAGAAACUACAUGAUGAUUGACGACGUGAGCGAGCUGACGGCAAAAGAUGGGCUGGGCACGACGACAGGGGACAUGAUGCAUCAUGGCAGCAGUGGGCGCUACCCGGGCGACAUCCACGGUCACAGCAGCAGCACGACGCGUGGGGGAACAGGGAGCUCCCCCUAUGGCAGGGCACCCGAGGAGGAUGCAGCGAUGCAGGAAGAGCUGUACGACCACCACGGCAGGGGUAAGAGCAGCUACAGGCACGGACCACUAGGGGGCAGCAGCAGCAGCGUGAGCGCUAGCAUGGGUGGGGGAUCCCCCUAUUACUAUGACUUCGACUACAAACAUGGCAGCAUCCGCUCUGGGGUACAAAAACCUUCAUCUUCCUCCAGAGGCCUUCUGGCUCCCGCUGUCAUGUCUACCAAGCGCAGCAAGCACAGGAAACUGGGGAGUAUGGAGCAAAAAAUCUCCAAGUUUUCCCCCAUUGAGGAGGCUCGGGAUGUGGAGGCAGAUCUGGCCUCCUAUUCCUCAGUAACAGGUGGGGCUUCCCCCUUCUCCCACAUUCGAGGGCGCCAGCUGAUUGAGGAUUACGGCUUCAAGAAGAGUGCUUAUGACAGCAGCAGUGGCACUGCUCAUGGUAGUCGAUACUAUGGUAUGAUGGUGGAUGAGGACGAUCGGAUUUACUACACUUCUACUGGCCGUUCCCGUUCAACUGGGUACGGCAUGGACAAGAUCUCAGCAAGGGACUACUCUGGGUAUCGCAGCAGAUCCUACGAGAGAGACGACCGCUCCUAUCGAUCUGGCUACAGGGGGCGCCAUCCAACACGGCAGUACUCUGAAGAGGAGAGCCCUCUCAGUCCCUUGGGGAGGUUCAUGGGUUCUGGGCGAUCUUCAAGUUUAGGCCCCGACCCAUACGACCAUCGCAGCAGUAGAUAUCAUUACUAUUAUGGCCAGUAUGGUUCCAGUCACUCGCUGCCAGAUGUUCAAGACCACAUACGGGACCUUCCCCGGACGCACGUCUACAAAUCGGAUGAUACAUACAUUAUAGACGAUUAUCAUUGCGCUGUGUCAGACAGCGAAGCCUACCAUCUUGGCCAGGAAGAAACUGACUGGUUUGAGAAGCCGCGCUCCAGUUCUCGACAUUAUGGCAGCAGCCACUCAUCUGGGAGGAGCCGGCAUGGUGUGAAGCAUACCUACCAUGAUUACGAUGAGCCUCCUGAGGAGGACCUGUGGCCCCAGGAUGAGUAUGGCCACGGUGGGCGACACUCAUCCUCCCGAGACCACAGACACCACGGCAGUUCUGGUCGCCACUCGUCCUCAUCGCGCCAUUCAGAUGAGCAGAGGUCCUCAAGGUCAUCUAAGGGACAUCCCAAAGACCCAAGCAUGCGUCACGACCCUUCAGGACGAUCUUCAUCCACAGGAAGGCGUGGUGAGUCAAGGUCUGGAGGGUACCACUCCUCUGACUACUCCCGCGACCCAUCGGGGCAUCAUCAUGGUCAGCGCUCUUCCCGACAAGGGGACCCGCACAGGUCUUCUCGCAGCAAGUCCCAAGGGCCAGUCGACAUGCAAGGCCAACCGGGCUCUUCCAGGUCCGGCAGCAGCUCCUCCAGGGCUCAAGGCUCCGCUGGUGGGCCGGCGGGAAUGGGACGGCAGGGCGGUCCCGGUUCCCAGACGGACGGGGCCCCGGGACAGAGGACCCAGCUUCAGCAACAAGCCCAGACUUCGGCUGCCAGGCCGGGGCAGCCCGGUGCCGCCGUGACCACCGGGCCUCAGCAGCAGCCGCCAGCCCAAGCACAGGGCAUGGGCAUGGGCAUGGGCAUGGGGCAGGGACAGGCCAAGCCGGGGCAGAUGGGACCAGCAGGUGGACCCAUGGGACAAGCCAGGCAGGCAGGCCCAGCAGGAGCCACACCUUCCCCCAUGGCCAAGAUCGACACGCCUCCAGCAACAGCUAUUGGAGCAAAAGCUGCACCUGUCAUGGCCAACAAGACUGCUCAGCCCCCGCUUACAGGCAUAGGCUCCAAAGCGGCUCCUCGGCCCGGAGGCAUCGGCAGCGCGGCGGCGGGUCAGCCCGGCAUGGAGGGAGAAGGCAUGUUUUCCAAGAUCCUGCCCGGAGGCGCCGCUGAGCAGGCUGGCAAACUGGGAGAAGCUAUCUCCGGUUUUGGCAAGAAGUUCACCUCCUUCUUCUGAGGUGCAAACAUCAAGGACUAUGAAAAUGUCAAAAAAACAAAACAAAAAAAACAAAGUCAAGAGGCCUCGUACCAGAAAAACCUGUGAAGCUCCACCUGCUUUUGUUUUACUUAAAGAGAGAGGAAGGAGAUGGAGAGAGAGAUACGAGGGAACCGAGAGGAGAGCUGAGCAUACUGCCAACAUGGACUGGACUCCUCCGGAUGCUUCAUGUCUCGGGCCUGAUCACACGCUGCCACAGAGAACAUGCUGCUCUCUCUGGCAGGCCAGACAAUCACCCCAAGUCCAAGUCAACAUUCAUCUUCAGGAGGACUUUUCAUCUUGCAUCCACAGCCAAAGAAUCGGUCUCUGCAACCAAGCGGCAGCCGUCAGAUACGUCUGUUG